AAACGCAGUACACACUCAAUUAAUCUUUGCAAUACCAUAAAUGGCUUUCUCAGCAACUUUCCCUACUUCAUUCACAAUCCAAAGUAGCUCAGUGUAUGCACAAAAAUCAAAUCCAACUCAAUCAUAUCCAAAGACCUCGUUAGACCCACUACCCAUAAUUGGGAAGAAACUCGUUUACAAUCCUCUAAGGUACAACAAAGUGUUUUCUCCCAAGAGAUCAUGUGCUGGCAAAGUGAAUGCAUCAAUGAAGUGGGAGAAAGGUUAUGCAAACGUUGAGGUGUUCAGUAAGGAGCAUCUUGCUGUGUCGUUGGCUUAUGAUGUUGCUCAACUCUCUAACAGAUUCACCAAAGAGAGAGGUGCUUUCACUGUUGUUUUAUCUGGCGGCUCACUCAUCAAGUACCUCAGGAAAUUGGCUGAAACUCCCUAUGCUGAAUCCAUAGAGUGGUCAAAGUGGCAUGUUUUCUGGGUGGAUGAGAGAGUCGUGGCAAAGGAUGACUUGGAAAGUAAUUAUAAGCUUGCCUAUGAUGGAUUUCUCUCCAAGGUACCAAUUCCUCCUGUAAAUGUUUAUGCCAUUGAUGAUGCCCUAUCACCUGAUGGAGCAGCUGAUGUUUGUGAAACAAAUAUCAGACGCUUGAUUAAGAGUAAUGUCAUUGCUACAUCAACAAAUGGGUUUCCAAAAUUUGAUCUCAUGCUUCUAGGUAUGGGCCCGGAUGGGCACGUGGCUUCAUUGUUCCCAGGUCAUCCUCUUCUUAAGGAGAAUCAGAAAUGGGUCACCUUCAUCAAGGACUCCCCAAAACCACCGUCGGAAAGAAUCACUUUUACCUUUCCAGUGAUCAACUCUUCUUCGAACGUAGCAAUGGUAGUGACCGGCGCAGGUAAAGCAAAUGUCGUGCACUCUGCACUAGAGGAUGAUAAUAAAACUGAUGAUAAGUUGCCUGUUGAGCUGGUCUCACCUGAAGGAGAAAUGAAAUGGUACUUGGAUAAAGGUGCUGCUUCAAAGCUCUUUAAAGAGUAGAAGCAUAUGAUAUUCAAGUCAAAUAUACCUUUAUUUAUUAAUAACUACUUUUUCCAAUCAUAAUAAAAUUGUCAGUAAUAAAACCAACAUCGCUUAUAAAUAGACCGCAUAACAGUAGCGACCACACUCAUACACUCAUUUUUGUGGCCGUUUUUAUUGCUACAAGUCAUGGCAUUAUGACGAUAAAUUUUUUUUCACAAAAUUGAGUGUAUAAAUGUGAGCCCUACAAUUAAACAUUCUAUAUAUAUUUUUAGUAGUUCUUCUAUGGCGGAGAAAUUUGUAAGUUGUUUGACAAGAAGUUUAUUUUGUCAAUAAUAUGAAAAUUGUUCGGGAAAAUGUACUUGAAA